AUGUUAUGCGUAAAACCCGAAGGGAUAGAACUGCCGUAUAAACUGAAAAUUUUUAAGCUUCCCUUCUAUAUUCUACUAUUAUUGACGCUAGUGUUAGUCGCACAAUCUGUAUCUUUUGACGUACUACUGGUACCAAACAUAAAUAUCCUCAAUGGGCUAAAAAAUUUCGAUUGGAACAUUUUUUCCCAUAAAUUAGUCCAAGGACCGACGAACUACGUUCAAAAUGACUAUGAGGUGGGAUACAAAUACAAUGGGCAAAUAGAUAUGGGCCAAGUUGUACCCAAUGAGGCUAAAGUUGUCCACAAUAUUUUGAAUUUAUUGAGAAAGACAUCGUAUUUUAACUAUUUUAAAGUCAAUCUAGAUGUUUCCUGUACAUUGGGUAGCAGAACUGACGUUUGUUCAUCCGCUGGAGCAAUAGGCACGGCCACUCUUUUGGAUAUGAGUGAAUCACAACAAUUUGAAAUCAAGCUUUGCCAUGUUGAUCGGUGUUCUAUUGAUCAAGUGCCAGAAAAUUUUAGAUCCUACAAGCCUGAGCAUAUUGUUUUACGUACCAGCAAUCCAAUCGAGUUGUCAAUUGGUCAGCUUCCGCAUUGCGAUAUGCUCGGCACUUAUACCGACUGGUCUGAAGCGGAACAUGAUACUCCAAAGCCUGUAUUUAUAAACCUAAGCCUAAACCCACCCUCUUAUACUGGAUUUCAAGGGGCUAAAGAGUGGAAUGCUAUAUAUGAAGAAAAUUGUAUCAAAAGUGGAGAAUCUUGUCAGCAUAAUGAGCAUUUGCACAGACUAUUAUCUGGAAUCCAAACAUCUAUCGCAGCAUUUGCCGCUGAAAACUAUACAUGUACAAAUAUCGAAGAUGCAUAUAUUAAGCGGAAUUCUCUGCCAAAGUAUACCUACAAUUUAUUGCAUUAUGUUGAGAAGAUUGGCAAAUAUCCUGAAAGGAUCUACAACCUUAUGUAUACAUUCGAGUUUUUACUUCUUUCCACUUGUAGGCUUAAGCCACUCCUUCUUAAAUAUGCGUCGCUGAUGACUUGUCCAGAGGGCGAAGAAGCGUCCAAACUUAUAACUCAGCUAUUGGAUUGUGACUUUGAUACUUGCAAGGGAUUAGAUGUUAACAACUAUUAUGCCAUUAACAAGUGCAACAACCCACUGGGAGAUAUACUGGCAAUUUUGGGUAAAAUUUCAAAGAUUGUUGACUGUGUAGACUGUGAAAAAUGCCGGUUGCAUGGGAAGAUCAAAAUGACAGCACUUCAAGUGGCAUUAACAUCAUUUUGCAAGACAAAUCAUGUGUUGGAAAGGAACGAAAUUGUGGCACUGAUCACUACAUUGGAUUACCUAGCUGAAUCAAUCGUAAUUGUGGAGCGUUUUGAGGAGCGGAUAAUGCAGAGAAGAAUCAUUUACCCAGCCAUUCUCCUGUUCUCAGUGGUCCUUGCUGUCACAAUUUCAAAGUUGAUUCGCCAUAAAAAUAAAUCUCGCUAG